CAACCCAAGUUAGUUCCUCUCAUUACAACUUACAUAUAUAAAAGCGCAGCUGGAAAAUUGAAAGCGUCCGUUUUCCCUGUCAUAAAUAAUUCUCUCUCCAUUAAUAAGAUCAUAACCUACAGAGACCAUAAACGUGAAGCAGAGCGUUUAUGAAAUUACAGCUAUUCACAUGCAGCAAGAAGAAUAUUUCUGUCCUAGCUUUAGCAGCUACUCCUCAAAUAGAGUGGCGGAGAUUGCCGGUAAAAUCUCCGAUGAAAUUAAACGUGAUUCUGAGGUGGUGGAAGAGAACGUUGCCAGUGCCGAUGGCGAAGAAGAUUUUGAAUUCACUUUGGUAUGUGAAAAUCCAGAGGGCUCGGAUGGCGUGUUCCCCUUCGACCGUCAUAUCCAGCCUAUUUACCCCGUUUUCAACCGCGAUCUGUUAUUAAACGACGUUCCUUAUGGCGUAGAUCGCGGAGGUGUUAACGGCGAAUCGUCGGAAAACGACAAUUGUUCAGUUCAAGUUUCGUUAAAGGAUUUAUUCUUAGAAGAGCGCGAACCUCCGUCGUCAUCAUCUUCGGAGGUCGAUGAGCUGGAAAGUGUACCUCCGGGAACCUAUUGUGUAUGGAAGCCGAAGAUAACUGAGCCUUCACCAAGCAGAUGUAAGAAGAGUAAUUCAACGGGAUCGGCGUUUAAGCGGUGGAAUAUUCGAGAUUUGAUGCGACGGAGUAACAGUGAAGGCAAGGACAGUUUUAUAUUUCUGACGCCGGAAAAAGGAUUGAAAAACGAAACUUCCAAAGCAAAGGACUCAGCUGAGACGUCUAAGGUCGCCAGAAAAUUAAAGGCAAAUGGCAACAGUAGCAACGGCAACAAGGUAUCUUCGUCGCCGGCAGUUUAUUUACGGAACCAAGCAGCAAAGGAAAUGGAUAAGAAUAAGCGGAAAUCAUAUUUACCAUACCGGCGAGAUCUGGUAGGUUUUUUCUCAAAUGCCAACAGCUUCGGUAGAACUUUUCCUCCAUUUUAGCAAACUUCCUUUUUUUUUUCAUUAGUAUAAAUUAAUUAUGCGUAUGUAAAUAUCUUAAAUGAAGAACAUGUGUCGCCAUUCUGAAUGAUUUAGUUGUUAGAAAAUUUUACUAUCUUCGGAUGAUUGAGUUGUUUUGAA